AUGCGAAAUCGAGUUUUCUAUUCGGAUCGCAUCAAACGCGGCAAUCGACCUCACCUCUUCGUGGCCUCAUUGCAAACGUGUAGAAUUAUGAAAAUUUCCUGCGAAAAUGAUGAGAAUUCACUUCCCUAUCUACAUCAUUACUUCGACACGCAAAAAUUCCUACCCAAAAUCAAAAACGUCGAGCAUUUCGCGAUUCGACCGGCUUCUUUGAUGGCCACUAAAGAAUUUUUGGGGAUAAGAUUUCCUGUUGUGAAUGCGGGUUUUUCCUUUCCAUCAUUAGAUUCUGAAUCGACAAUGGAAGAAAAAAGUAUCGUUAGGGAAUUUGUUGAAAGAGAAGAGUUUAAGGGAAGCAAGGAAUUCUACCUUGAGAGACUUGCCGAGAAUUUCGAACUUCUCACCGAGACCAAUGGAAAGUUCUAUGCCUUCAAACAGAAAAAUCUCGAGGAUUUUCAAGAUUCUCUAAACUUUCUUUUGCGAAACGGAUUGCCAGGGCAAAAUUCGGCUUCUUCGACUACUUUGCUUUUGUACGCAAAUUUCCGCACAAUCGAUUUGGGUCUGGGAAUGGCUGAGGAUCGAAACUACGAUCUUUUGCAAACAUUUAUCCGAUUUUUCGAUUAUGACUUAACGCAAAUUAAGCACAUCGAUGUGAAUAGUGGAGCUUGUCGGCCGAUUAAGGAAAUCGAAAGUCGGAAAAUCUCCCUAAGAAAAGCACCAAAGCAUGUCCACCAACUAGCAGCAUUCGAGAAUCUCGAAGAGGAAAUCGGCGAGAGAAAUUAUGAAUUGGUGAAGAUUUUGACUCGAAAAUUUCAUGGAAUUGAUCCAUGGAGAGCUUAUUUCAAACAGAACAUCUCGACUCAAAGGGCCCUUUUGAUGCUACUUCGAGUGAGCUCUUAUCCGGAGAUGCUCUCGAAACAGUCACAAAUUCAGCUCAUCACCAGAUAUCAUGAUCAU